UAAACUUGUUGUGUCUCGUACACAGCCGCGCUUUGAGAGGAAACCAGGCCCGUUGGCUUUGAACAGACGUGUGGGACAGGACGGCUUGGUUUUAUGUUUCCACAACGUGUAUGUCGAUUCCAAAUCGGUUAGGUUUGCUGUCCAAGCUCGUGACUCUCGUGAUCUGGAACAGCCAUUCAUCCAUUCAUUGUGUAUAUGUUUUCUUGCUGGUUGUCCUCGCUCUCGCGCAAACACAAGAGGUGUGGACGUGGGGUCUCGCCGAUGCGGCUCGUUUUUUUGUCCUGUUUGAGCCCCUCCGCGAAAGAGCUCGCUAGUGUCCCUCGGCCGCAGCGAGUUUUUCGAUAGAUGAUGAUGAUGCACUGCCACACGCAAGCUGGAGGCAGGAGGCGUUGUGGCCUAGGUUGUAC